AUGGACGGGAAAGCUCUACCUCCGGCUCCAGACAACAUGGACUUGAACGGCGAGGCCUACGGCCAGUGCCUGAGCCGGUUCGUGGACCAAGGCAGCACCGAGAGUCACCGCUACUACCGCUCCCGUAGAACUCUGCUGGAGAUGCUCAAGGACCGAGGCUACGCCAUUUCCUCCUCCGACAUCGAUCUCUCUCUCGACGAUUUCCGCUCCAUGUACGGCCAGGAUCCCGACCCCAACCGCCUUCGCUUCUUCGCUUAUCUCCGCUCCGAUCCUUGCAUCAAGGUUCUUGUCAUUUUCUUUGGUCCAGGACCAGUUAAAGUAAAUCUUAUUCGCAGUAUUGUGACUCAAAUUAUUAACAAAGACACCUUGAGUCGGCUGAUAUUAGUUGUUCAAAAUGACGUGUCAAGCCAAGCUAUGAAAGCUGUGGAACUUUUUCCCUUCAAAGUUGAAAUAUUUCAAAUCACGGACUUGCUUGUUAAUAUUACCAAGCAUGCCCUAAAGCCUAGACACCAAUUGCUGACUGAAGAAGAAAAACAAAAGCUAUUAAAGAAGUUCAAUUUAGAAGACAAGCAGCUUCCUCGAAUGUUACAGAAAGAUGCAAUUGCACGAUAUUAUGGACUGGAGAAGGGGCAAGUGGUUAAAGUUAGUUACAGUGGUGAGAUUACAGGGUCUCAUGUCACUUACCGUUGUGUUUGGUGAUUUGGGUAUACAGUGCCCGUCUCAUCCCAUCUUUUCAGCUGCAGCUUAGCUUAGUUGCAUCGUCGUUGUAAAAAGUGUCAAACUUGAAUGUUCAAUUAGUAUUUUCAUAUAAACAAAUGGUUUUAUUGGAUGUAUGCAUGCCGUUAACUCUCUCGUAAGCUUCCAUUACUUUCUCUC